AUUCCGACCAAUGGGCCGGGUUAUAAGCUAGUUUGAAUAAUGGACAUCUUCCUUCUUCUUCUUGGUUGACAAUAAGUGUGAGAAGAGGUAGGCAAUUUGAUACGGAAUGGACCUCUAGUAUAUGGAUUCCACCUGAUUGUUUACAUUUCUGGCCUGUGAUGUAGCCCGGUCCGGUCUCCCUUCCGAGCCCACGAUUGUAGUCCAGCGAGGCCCUCAUUUGCCAAUUUCCCCCCUCCGUUUUGCCUUCUUUUCCGUUCAGUUGCCAGUUGCCGAACUUUCCAUUUUCCCCCGUCUCAGUUUCGUCUGCCAGUCCGGGAAAUGGAGAAAACCACUCCCAAAAUCGCGAGGACAGAGCCGGGAAUCGACGCCGACGACAGGCUCAGCUUCUUACCCGAUGAAGUCAUCUCCCACAUUCUCUCGUUCCUGCAAACCAAGUACGCCGUCGGAACCACCGUCCUCAGCCGCCGGUGGAAGGAUCACUGGGCUAGGGUUUCCAACAUCGAUAUCGACAACCACUUGGUUUACAAGCCUCUGAGCAGGAAGAUGGCCAUCCUGAGCUUGCCGCAGGAUGAACCGUUGAAUUACGAGGGUGGACGGAGAGAUUUUGAAUUCUGGCGAUUCGUCGACAAGGUACUGGCGCAGCACAAGAAUCUCAAUUCUGUUAGGCGUUUCCGCUUGCAUUUCUCUAAUUGGUACCGGGAGGUGCUUUAUCAUACUAGGUUUGAUAGAGAAUUGGUAUUUGGUCCUCCAAUUGAGGAGAUUGAUGUUAGUAUUUGCGUACAAACAGUAGAUGGAGCUCCCGAUUAUAUGCCUUGCAUUCCAGAGAACUUCUACACUUUGAAGAAUCUGAAAGCUGUGAAGCUUCACAGGGUUAUGAUGAAUGCAGCAAAAGGGUCUGUUUCCCUUCCUAGUGUGAAGAUUCUACAGCUUCGUUAUGUGACGAUGAAGAACUUUGAGUCACUACGCAGGCUCAUUUCUGGAUGCCCUGUACUGGAGACUCUUCAUCUGGACAAUUGCUACCCUAAUAGGAAUGAGGAAGACAUAAUCGAUGUUUCCUUACCAUCCUUGAAGAACUUGAAGAUUUGUAACUAUGCCGAUGAAUUCGAAUCUAUGAUGUGUCCCAUUGUAAUCGAAGCACCAAAUCUCGAGGAACUUUAUCUUGAGCAGUUUACAGAGCUACAGUUUAAGGGCAGUAUUUCUUUGUCAUGCCUUCAUUCGGUAGAUGUUGAUUUUGGCUUUGACUGUGAAGCCGCUUACCAUGACCUGGUUCAGCUCAUCGGUCAAAUCUCCACUGCAAAGAAAAUGCGCUUAUCCCAAAGCACUCUGUAUCGUCUGUCAUUUUGCGAUGAUGUUAAACUGCUUGUAUUUCCCAAGUUGAUACAUUUGACGAUUGGAAUGGGGGGCAGUAGCUGGCUUCUGCACUCCUUGCUCAAAUCAGCCUCCAAACUACAAUCUCUUGUCAUUGACCUGGACGAUCACAAUGGACGACCAAUUGAGUGGGAGAGUUUAGAAACUGCUCCCGCCCCAGAGUGUUUGUUGUCAAGUCUGGAGGUAAUCGAGAUCAAGGAACCUAUAGAGUUUGAAGAUGAUUGGAAAAUGGUGGUAUAUUUGGUCAACACUGGAGCUGUCCUGAAGAAGGUGAAUAUGCACCUAAAGAGUUCUGCUCGUGAAACUGAUCGUGAAAUGGUGGCCUUCUUAGAUUUGGAGUCACUGCUAAAACAGUCUAGAGGGCCGAACCGUUGGGAAGCUCAUCUUUUCCUUCCCAAUAACAAAGUGAACCGCAUCUAUAGGGACGAUGAGAUUUACAUUGGCGAAGAGUUGGAUGAUGAUUUCGAUGAGGCUGAUGAUGUGACAGAUGCUGACUACAACAUUAAUGUCAAGACGAAGAUGAAUUCGACGACGAAGAGGGGGGACUCUGAAGCAUGAUGGUGGGCAGGAAGGAGGGGUUGAAAAACAUGAUGAACUGCAUCUUAUGUAGUCUAUCUUGGUUAUAUUGUUCAGCUCGUAGGUUGUUGUUAUCUGAGGUGGUGGUUCCUUCUGGGACUCUGAUGAAUCCUCUGGAAUGAUGAACUAUAAGAAGAACUUGCUUUGCUCUAAGAUGAACUAUAAGAAGAUGAAAUGUUGGCUUGAAGUGAAGGACUGAAGGAGUGAUCACUGUGGUUUUCUGGUCUUGUGUACCUGAGAAUUGAGAUAAGUUGGUAGCAUCCAUUUCUAAUGUUCUCUAUUCAGUCCGGUCAAAUACCACGGCCCGGGCCCAAUAUUCGACUUC